AUGCCUUUCAGAGUUCAGCGAAUAGAAGAGAUCACGAUACAACUUGAGUCCGGAGAUUUGAAACUCAGUUCGGGUGCUCGAGAGAUUGAUCAUGCCUCUCAUAGAUCCAAUGAACAGAAUACCCAAGCUGAUGAUGUCCUCCCUACUCAUGGGAUGCGGACUCAAAAUAGAGUUCGUACUCUAGAAUUUCUUGCUAUUCCAGGAGUUUCUCUAGUUCACCACUUCGAGCUUGUGGCCUCUCAGACCCGUCGGUCUGGAGAUGUGGGUUCUAUGUCUGGUUCAUCUGAACUUACUCGGGUUGGCCAAUUCAUAAGGCUAAACCCACCUACCUUUACUGGCACAAAGGUUGAGGAAGACCCCCAAGGCCUAUCAGUAGCUAACCAGUGGUAUAAUGAGUGGAAGGAUUUGAAGGGUGGUGAUGUUGAACCUUCUGUGUGGGGUGAGUUUGUAUUAGCUUUCCUGGAUUGUUUCUUUCCCCAAGAACUAAGGGAGGCAAAGGCUGAAGAAUUUGUGAAUCUAAAACAAGGAAAGAUGAGUGUUAAAGAGUAUGCAUUGAAGUUCACCCAGCUGUCUCAUUUUGCUCCAGAGUUAGUGGGCAACAUGAGGGCUCGCAUGAGGAAGUUUACAUCUAGUCUCUCGAAUGAUUUGGUGCUGGAAUAUAAGGGGGAAAUAUUGUACAGGGACACGGAUUUCUCCAGGUUAUCAGUGCAUAUGCAGCAGGUAGAAGAGCAGAAGAAGAGGCUGGCUGAGCCGAAUAGCGGGCCAAAGAUGCAGGGUACUCAGUCCCAAGGAAGUGUGACCCAGCCAUUCAGUCAAUACCCUCCUUAUAAUAUGUGUAGGAAGAACCACUCGGGAAGAUAUCAAUAUGGUACACUUAUUUGUUAUGGUUGUGGGAAGGCCAAUCAUUUUAAGAAGGAUUGUCCCUCUGCAAAGGGGGCUUAUUGGGCCGCUAGAGCCCAAUCUAUUACCCCAGUCCCUCCAGCUAAGGGUGUGGCUUUUAGCACCGGUGGUGGCCGUAAUUGGUUGUAUGCCUUGUUUACUCGCUAG